CCUGGGAGGCGAUACCAAGGAGAAGAAAUGGAGGGGGAGGUCAGGUUCUCUUAGAGAAUCCUUGGAAUAAGUAAUCCUACUACUACCUCACAGAGCUCACAAAGAAAAUCUGCAUUGCCAUCGCCGGCCAUCGCCAGUAGCAACCAGUAGCAACCAACCAACGCCUUACCACUAGUUCACUACCCACGCGAGGAGGUCCGAGAGAGAAGCCGAAUUUGCUGGAACUUUCAGAAAAUGGCAGCAAUUAGUUUAUUGAACCCAAAAGCCGAGUUUGCAAGGGCAGCUCAAGCCCUAGCUGUAAAUAUUUCGGCAGCAAAGGGCAUCCAAGAUGUAAUGAGGACUAAUUUGGGACCGAAAGGAACUAUGAAAAUGCUUGUUUCCGGUGCGGGAGACAUCAAAAUUACCAAAGAUGGUAAUGUUCUCCUCCACGAAAUGCAAAUCCAACACCCCACCGCUUCACUAAUUGCAAGAGCUUCAACUGCCCAGGAUGAUAUGACAGGUGAUGGAACGACCUCCACAGUUCUUGUUAUUGGAGAACUUUUAAAGCAGGCAGACAUUUACAUAUCAGAGGGUCUCCAUCCCCGAAUGGUAACAGAAGGAUUUGAUCUUGCCAGAGCCAAAACUCUUGAACUUCUUGAAAAGAUAAAAAUUCCUGUAGAGCCAACCAGAGAUCAACUUAUAGAUGUUGCUCGAACAUCUCUUCGUACCAAGGUUCAUCAGCAACUGGCUGAUGUUUUGACAGAGGUUUGUGUGGAUGCUGUCCUUGCAAUUAGGCAAGAAGGUAAAGAAAUUGAUUUACAUAUGGUUGAGAUAAUGGAAAUGCAACAUAAAACAGCCACUGAAACAAGUCUAAUUCGUGGCUUAGUAUUAGAUCAUGGUUCACGUCAUCCUGACAUGCCAAAACGUGCUGAAAAUGCCUACAUUCUUACAUGCAAUGUCAGCAUGGAAUAUGAAAAAAGUGAAGUAAAUUCAGGCUUUUUCUACAAAUCAGCUGAUGAACGAGAAAAAUUAGUAGCAGCUGAAAGAGAAUUCAUUGAAAAACGUGUUGCAAAGGUCAUUGAGCUUAAAAAGAAGCUUUGCGACAAUACAGACAAAAGUUUUGUAGUUAUUAAUCAGAAGGGGAUUGAUCCUAUGUCAUUAGAUAUGUUGGCAAAAGAAAAUAUUGUUGCUCUGCGUCGAGCAAAACGUCGUAAUAUGGAACGUUUGGCACUUGCUUGUGGAGGGGUUGCUAUGAACAGUGUAGAUGAAUUAACUGAAGAUUGUCUUGGUUAUGCUGGUGUUGUUUAUGAGCAUGUUCUGGGAGAAAAUAAAUAUACUUUUGUGGAGGAUUGCAAAGUGCCUCAGAGUGUGACUAUUCUCAUCAAGGGCCCCAAUAAACAUACCCUUACUCAAAUCAAGGAUGCUAUAAGAGAUGGUCUACGUGCAAUUAAAAAUACAAUUGAUGAUGGUUUCCUGGUUCCUGGUGCUGGUGCCUUUGAAGUUGCUGCUUACCAGGCUUUGCAAAAAUCCAAAGAAGAAGUUAAAGGCAAGGCUCGUCUUGGAGUUCAAGCUUAUGCUGAAGCUUUACUGGUUAUUCCCAAGACCCUUGCUGUAAACAGUGGAUUCGAUGCCCAAGAUACUAUUGUGAAACUGCAGGAAGAAGCUCAUGCUGCAGGAGAACCCGUUGGGCUUGAUAUAAAUACAGGGGAAGCUCUGAAACCAUCUGAUGCUGGAAUUUAUGACAAUUAUAUAGUGAAGAAACAAAUAAUUAAUUCCUGCUCUGUGAUUGCCAGCAACCUCCUCCUAGUAGAUGAGAUAAUGAGAGCUGGAAUGACUUCACUGAAGGGUUAAGAUGACAACAUUUGUACUCUCCCAAGUCAUUUGGUGUUUGCUUUGAUGAUUCACUUUCUUUCGUACACAACUGAAGAUUUAUAAAAAUAAUGUAAGAGCUUUAGCCCUCAAUCUUUCUUUAAGAUGCAUACUUGUACAAUUGUCUUGAGAUGCUUAAAGUUACAGUAACUACUAUGAUACCUCAUAACUUAAUUUUGUCUUAUCUGCAAAUAAAAUGUUAUGUACCAAUUGUUACAUUAAUAAAAUACAAUUUUCUAAUUA